UUUCCAUGGGGUCCAGGUUGGAAAUUAAUGGAAUACCUCCUCCUUUGUGGACCUUAAGCUUUGCCCUCUUCAUCUUGUCUAUGCCUGCUUUAGCCUUACUUGCAUAACCAUGGCAACAGCAGUAGUGGGCGGUGCUUUUCUCUCCGCUUCUCUGCAGGUAUUGUUUGAUCGCUUAGCUUCCCGGAGUAUCAUAGACUUCAUCCUCCGAAGAAGAUCAGACGAGGGAUUGCUCAUAAAGAAGCUCACAGCUACAAUCUUGUCGGUCGAGGCAAUACUGAAAAAUGGGCUGAAGAGGCGAACUACGAACCCAGCUGUAAAAGAAUGGUUCAGCGAGCUAGAAGAAACCGUAAAUGAUGCAAAGAAUCUCUUGGAUGAGAUGCACACCGAAAGGUCAAAAAAUAAGCCAGGAAGCAGAUCAAGAAUCAAAUUGAUGCAAGAGAUACUUGACAGAUUGGAGCACGUGAGCGAGCAGAAGGAUGUUUUCAACUGGCGGACCCCGUCACACAUAUCGCCGACUAAUUCGAUUUCAGUCGAUGAAUCUAGUAUAUGCGGCAGGACUAAUGAUAAAGAGGCCAUGGUCAGCAUUUUGCUCUCAGAUAAUCUGACUGGCCAAGACGUAACCCGAGUGAUCGUGAUCGUGGGUGUUCCUGGGAUCGGUAAGAGUACACUUGCUCAGCUCAUGUACAGCGACAGCAGAGUCCAAGGGUACUUCGACCUCAAAGUAUGGGUCUGUGCUUCAACUGACCUAAACAUAUACACGGUGACAAAGACGAUCUUCGAAGCAGUCACUAAGUUGCCUUGUGAUAUCGAGGAUCUUAAUCUGCUUCAACUGAGAUUGAAGGAACAAGUUACUGGCAAAAGAGUUCUACUUUUGUUAGACGAUGUCUGGAAUAUUGAGGAUCGCAUAGAAUGGGAAGUUCUAAGAAGCCCCUUCCAAUUUUGCCAGCAGGGGAGUGGUAUAGUUGUCACUACACAGAGUAAACAUGUUGCCGGGACAAUACGCACUCUUCCAGCCUAUCAUCUGAACCCGCUGCCUUGCGAAGAUAGUUGGAUUCUGUUCUCCAAAUAUGCAUUUGAUGGUGGAUCCUUGAUUACUGAUCCGGGGCUAGAAGUGAUUGGCAGAGAGAUAGUUAACAAGUGCAGAGGGAUUCCUUUAGCUAUCAAGAGCCUCGGGAUUCUUCUCCGAACAAAGCCGGAUCGUGAAGAGUGGGAUAGGAUACUGAAAGAUGACAUAUGGGACUCAUCACACGACAUGACAACCGUUCUGCUAAGGAUCAAAAAUGGAAUUGCCAAAGGGCGAGAACCAAUUGCUGUGGGUAGUGGCAACUGUUUGGUGGCUUCCAAACAGCAUUGGCAGAUGAGGAAUAUUCAGACCAAGCGAGCGAGGCUUCCGAUAUAUUGUGUUCUGUGGCUCAUUGUAUUGGGCAUCCUGAGUGUUGCAGUAUUUGAAACUGCAAACAAAGUUCAGAUUACUAAGAGGAAGGAAGAUCUGGCCAGUAUGUGCAACGGGAGGGCCAAGACGCUCCAGGAUCAAUUCGAACACCAAGUUAACAACACCAACACCCUCGCAAUCUUUCUCACACAACUGCAUAGAUUAGAUCGCCUCCUAGACAAAGAACAGAGCGAGGAAUUUCUCAGGAACUACAUGUUGGCUACUGUCCACAUCCAUCCAUUCCUGGAGGCAGUGACCGUCGAAGGUUCGAUUAUCAGAAACGAAUAUAAUUCAGUCAUGGCGACUCAAAGCAUGGACGUAGACAGUUCUGCACUGCGCCUGAAUCCGGGAAAGGGAGAUAUUCUUAAGGCAUUGGCCACGGGGAAGACUGUUAUCUCAAGAGCUUUCAAGCAUUUUGAUUCUCGUCAUGUUCGUUUCGCAAUGGCUUACCCCAUUUACAAGGUUUCAUUUUCCGGAAACUCGACAGUGGACCAACGCUGCAAAGCCGCUGCAGGGUACAUGGGAGCGAUCUUCAGAUUCGACUCAUUUGCUGAGCACGUACUAGGGCAAAUAGAUGGAAGGCAUACAAUCUCUGUGUCUAUAUAUGAUGCAACCGAAUCUCCUGACUGCCUGCUUUUGUAUCGGUGGGGAAAUCACGAGAACUCUCAGUCCCUUCUGCAUGAAAGCGAGCUCAAACUCGGGGAUCCAUGCCGGAGAUAUAGGAUCAUGUGCCGGUACCAACACAAGGCACCCCUCCCCUGGAUCCCAAUAGUGUUCUCAGGUUUAACCAUCGUGAUCGGACUCCUACUAGGAUGUAUACUUACAGGAUCGACAGUUCAUAGUCUGAAAAUUCAAGAAUUGAAUGCUCAAGCGGAGGCUUUCAACACCGCAAAUUCUCAGUUUCUGUCAGAAGCUUCCCUGGAAAUCAGAAAGCCUGCAUACAGCAUACUCGAAACUCUACGACUGGUGCUCAGAAUGGAACUAACUUCACCCCAAAGGGACUACAUUCAAGUUGCUCAAGAAGGCUGCGAGAGACUGAUAGAUUUGAUCUACGAGGUUCUUGAACAGGAAAACUCAAACCUCCAGAUGUGACAGAGCAACUUGCCCUUUGAAGUUCAAUCCACAGAGAGCAGAACAUGAACAAGUCUCCUUGGUCAGCGAAUCUUUAGGCAUUGAUAGCUAUUCGAAAGGCAAACUCAGCAAUGAUAACAAACCCGAAUACAAUAAAGCUGUGAAUUUUAUGAACGUGUUUGCCAUCUGUGAAAGAAGCAAUAGAGAUCCAAUCUAUAUUGAGCACCAAAAA